GCUCUGUGUCAGGGCGAGGGGGUACAGAGAGUCAGGACAGGAUGAGGGAUAGUUCAGUUCCAAGCUCAGCUUCCUCGUCAGUGACAGAUCUAUACAACACUCCCCGCAGCAGUAGGUCAGACCUCUUCCUCCCAGGUACAUCUGGAGACUUCAGCCUGAGUGCCUGCUUAUCAGCCUGCACCCUACUUUAUGAGGGUGCGGUAGAGCCCAUGCAGAUUGAUGUAGAUCCCCAAGAAGAUCAACAAAAUGCACCUGAUAUCAACUAUGUGGUGGAGAACCCAACUCUGGAUCUGGAGCAGUAUGCAGCAAGUUACAGCGGCCUGAUGCGGAUUGAGCGACUGCAGUUCAUCGCUGACCAUUGCCCACAGCUGCGAGUGGAAGCCCUGAAGAUGGCGCUCUCAUUUGUCCAAAGAACAUUCAAUGUGGAUGUUUAUGAGGAGAUUCACCGGAAGUUGACUGAAGCUACCAGAGAGCUGCAGAACACACCUGAUGCUGUCCCAGAUGGUGGGAUAGAGCCCCCUCCUCUAGACACAGCGUGGGUCGAGGCUACCCGCAAAAAAGCUCUUCUCAAGCUGGAAAAGUUAGACACAGAUCUUAAGAACUACAAAGGAAAUUCAAUCAAGGAAAGCAUCAGGAGAGGCCAUGAUGACUUGGGAGAUCACUACCUUGACUGUGGAGACCUCAGCAAUGCCCUUAAAUGUUAUUCACGAGCCCGUGAUUACUGCACCAGUGCAAAACAUGUUAUUAACAUGUGCCUCAAUGUUAUCAAGGUCAGUGUUUAUCUUCAAAACUGGUCCCAUGUCCUGAGCUAUGUGAGCAAAGCAGAAUCCACGCCAGAGAUUUCAGAGCAAAGAGGAGAACGGGACAGCCAGACACAGGCCAUCCUUACCAAAUUGAAAUGUGCUGCAGGCUUGGCUGAACUAGCUGCCCGGAAAUACAAGCAGGCAGCAAAGUGCUUCCUGUUGGCCUCAUUUGAUCACUGUGACUUCCCUGAGCUGCUCUCUCCUAGCAAUGUAGCUGUAUAUGGUGGCCUGUGCGCACUAGCAACCUUUGACCGACAAGAAUUGCAACGUAAUGUCAUCUCCAGCAGCUCCUUCAAACUGUUCUUAGAGCUGGAACCACAGGUCCGUGACAUCAUCUUCAAGUUCUAUGAAUCCAAAUAUGCUUCAUGUCUCAAGUUGCUGGAUGAAAUGAAGGAUAAUCUGCUAUUGGAUAUGUACCUGGCACCUCACGUGAGAACACUUUACACUCAGAUCCGAAAUCGGGCCCUCAUCCAGUAUUUCAGCCCCUAUGUGUCAGCAGACAUGCGCAAGAUGGCCACUGCCUUCAACACCACUGUGGCAGCUCUGGAGGAUGAACUCACUCAGCUGAUCCUAGAGGGGCUGAUAAAUGCCAGAAUAGACUCCCACAGCAAGAUUUUGUAUGCCAGAGACGUUGACCAGCGCAGUACUACCUUUGAAAAGUCCCUGCUCAUGGGAAAGGAGUUUCAGCGUCGCGCCAAAGCUAUGAUUCUACGAGCUGCUGUCCUGCGUAAUCAGAUCCAUGUGAAGUCUCCUCCACGAGAAGGAAGCCAAGGUGAACUCACUCCAGCAAACAGCCAGUCCCGGAUGAGCACCAACAUGUGAAGCUCUGAGCCAGCAAAAGACUGUCCCUUCCUCCCCGCCCCACACACCCAGGGCCAUGUGUAUCCAGUAUCCACAACAUCAGCUGUCCCAUGGUGCCUUUUCAGACUCUGGCUGGGGGGGCGGGGAGGCAGGACUGUUGAAGGCAAGCUUUGAGAGUCUGAGAACUCCUUUUAGAACAGACACGUUCGUCAGAUGCAGCCCUUUGAGAAUAUGCAAGCCUGCAAGUGCUGGCUUCAUCUUGUCUUUCCCCGGGGUUUCUCACAAACAGAAGCUGAUCCUGGUUUCAUUCAGCUGCCAAAAGAGCUUUGUUGUUUCUGUUUAGUAAAAGAUAAAUAGCAUGAAUCUGAAGGACAUGUGUGUUCGUGCAGAACUUCUCAUUUGUACGAAUGCAUCAUCUCAGACCCUGAGAGUCUCUCUUGGACAGCAUCUACAGGAAAAUAGGCAUCCUUUCCAUUUAUUCUCUUCAGGGCUUGUGUUUGCAUUUACCUGGAAUCAGCUCCAUUUUAAUCUGUUCUUCCUAUUUUUUGUUUUUUAAGUGUGUGCUCUGGCUUGCUUUCACAUCCCCUGACCUCAGCUGAGCAGUUGGUUCCUUUGAUAAUUCUCCUCCAAAUUUAUUAUUGUGAUAUAAAAGGGGCACUGAUAGGGUGGGGGGGGCACACGCAACUGUCUCCCUCUGCAUCUGGGCAGGACCUGCCUGGCUGCCUGCACUAUUACUCUCCUUUUUUAAUUUAUCCUAUGACAAAAGGGGGGUGUGGUCACAGGCCCGACUCAGAUUGUGUUGCGUUAACAAGCCUAGGUUAAGUGUUUGAAUAUUCCACAGUUACUUCCAUUUGGGGAGGUUCAUGGGGGUUCAUCCCAAGGAAGAAGUUACAAAUUUGGACCUAGCUCUUGGCCAAUUCAUCUACUUUUCCCAGAAUCUGUUAAUGUUGUUUAGUUUAAAACCACAUUCUCUCCUAUGCAUUAAAAACAUAAUUGCAAUGAUAA